UAUUUUGAUACUAAGAAUUCUCAAAAGCACUUACCUUGACAAUACCUAAAUGGCGCCAACCUGAACAGUGUUGUAUUUACGAGGUUAUGCUUCGGGAAACCCAGCGCAAUAAGUUACGAGUUACUGUUUUCAUUUAUUUUCACAAAUAAAUAAUUUUUGUAGAAUUUUGUCCUUUCGAAAAUAGAUGGCGCUCACAUAAAAGAAGACAACUACAUCAAAAACCCGAUUUCGUCGAAAAUGUUAGUUACGAGGUCCUGCGUUCCAGCCCUCGAUAUGUGUCUUGGUGUUGUCUUAAUUACAUUUAAGGCCCUAUUAUAAUCUUCCUCAUCAACCAGCAAGCUGUAAUUUAUGUCUGUUUUCGGGUCUACAAUAUUCAAUUCUUUGGCAGUAUCCAUUCUUUAUUAGGUAUCUACAAGUACAAAACACAUCAACGACUCACAGAGAACAGAGCACAUACCGACAAAAACAUAAACAAAACUAAACUGAAAGUAACACCACAUAACCUCAUUUUUUUUGGCGAAAUUUCGCGGAAAGUUAAAAAAUAGUUAACUUUUUUGCGACGCCGCAAGAAGUUAAAAAAUUCGCGAAUUUUUCCCGCCAUAAAAAAAUCAAAUGUUAAAUGUCAAAUUCCAACCAAUCGGAAAAUAUCCGCAAAAAAAAAUUCGCGAUUUCGCGUCCAUGAAGACUAGGGCUUUAGGCGUAUUUUAGCGACAGGUAAACAUCAUGCUACACAUACUACGAUUCAUGACGUCAUAGUUACCCAAAUAACAGGUGGAGUGUAGGUAUUUGACAAAGGGUCUAAGAGAGGACGAGCUGGUUUUCCGAUGCUUCUCAAAAACUGGAGCUGCACUUUCUGCCCGAGUUCAGUGCAAUAAGCUCCGUAUUUAUUGUUCCAGCUUAGAAUCAUUAAUUUUCUAUAUCCAUUCCAUCAUUCAAUUUCCACUUUAUAAUCAAACAUCAAAGGAAAUGUGUGGGUCAUGGUAGUGUGUGCCAGCUAUCACUCUUUUUUCGCCAAACGAAUUCGCUACAAAUCCCGAGGUUUUUUGAGGUUAGAAAAUUACUGCGAUGAAAAUUUUCAAAACAUUAUUUUACUUCACCAACAGUUUUCGUAAAGUUUCGACAACAUUAUCAAAUUUCCAGCACAAAAACUUCUCUUUAAAAGUUGACAAGAAUAUGGUGGGACUUCAACUGAAAGAAAUCCUCAAAAACUUUGAGAGUAUAGCCCCAUUGAAAACUGCCGAAUCUUGGGAUAAUGUAGGCCUUUUAGUGGAGCCGGAUAGCAAUGCUAAUAUUAACACUGUGUUGUUAACAAUUGAUCUUACAGAAGAAGUAGUCCAAGAAGCUGUUGAAAUUGGGGCUCAACUUAUUGUUUCGUACCAUCCGAACAUAUUUAAACCCUUGAAGACUGUUACACAAAAUUCUUGGAAAGAAAGAAUAAUAAUCCAAUGUAUCAAGAAUAAUAUUGCAGUAUUUAGCCCUCAUACUUCAUGGGAUGCUAUGCAAAAUGGUGUAAACGAUUGGCUAGGAUCAUUUUUACCCACUUCCUCUAGUAAACCUAUUUUAACUAAAACAGAAGACUCACCAAUUGGAAUGGGUCGUUUUUUGAUACUCAAAGAACCAACACCUUUGGAACAAGUCAUUAUUGCUGUAAAGAAGCUCAUUGAAAUACCUCAUUUGAGGCUAGGUCUAGGGAAAGGCAAAACUUUAGACUCUCCAAUAACGACUGUGGCACUUUGUGCUGGCUCUGGAACAGGAGUACUAGCAGGCACCGAGGCUGAUUUGUACUUAACAGGAGAAAUGUUGCAUCACGAUGUGUUGGAUGCUGCCCAAAAGGGUAUUAGCGUUAUAUUGUGUAAUCAUAGUGAUUCUGAAAGGGGAUAUCUCAAAAACUUUCAAAAGUCUUUCUCCAGUGAACAGUUGGCAAUUUUCAUAUCUAAAUUGGAUAAGGAUUGUUUGACUACAGUGUGAAUUAUUGUCAAUAUGAAAAUGAAAUUACAAAUUUAAUAUAUUGAAAGAGUAACCUUUUUAGUAUUUACAUAUUUCUGUUCCUCAUUUACUCAUUUUGAUUACUUCUUGACCAUUUUACUUUAAAAGUUCUACAAUGUAAUUAAUAUUUGUGAGGUCUUAUAGGAUUCUCUGUAUCAAAUAGCUGAGGAUCCUCCAAAAAGCAAGACUCUUUUAAAUAAGUGGCCAUCAAACCAGCACUUUGUGCUUUAGUAAUUUCACUUUGGACAAGUUCCUGUUGGGUCUUACAAAGGCCUGUUAUGUGUCUUCCAUAUAUCCUUCCAGUGUAUGGCGAUUGAAACUGUGAUAGCAGUUUAACAUUUUUGUAGUCCACUUGAAUAUUGUGUUUACAGAGAAUGCACUUCAUUUGGACUUUUUCGAAUGGGUUGUCCAUGUCGAAAUUUGGCUGAUCUUCUUGGUCCUUUGAUAAACGUCCAGGAGUUGUGGAUAUUGUACUUGUUCGUAUUAUU